ACAAGACAACAAACGUCGAAAUGUGGGAAUCAGCGCGAUAAAAUCAUGUAAAACUCAUCGCUUCCGCGAAUUUGUAUCUUUUGAAGAUGGCGGGCAUGUUAGAAGAGCACAGAAAAAUUCUCCAAAGACACCGUGUGGACCUUAUUAAGGACUUGGAGCCUUUGAAGGUGUUAAAUGACCUGUCUGAAUGUCUUGAUGAAGAUGACAGGGAGGCUGUGAAAGCUAAAAGUACGAGAGGAGACCGUGCAGAAAAAUUAGUCGAUAUGAUUCCAAGAAGAGGACCGAAAGCUUUCCAGUGUUUUGUUGCUGCUUUGUACAAGAGACAGCAUCAUCUGGCCAUGCCUCUGAUAGAAGAGUCAGGCAUUGAUAGUUCGUCUUUUGGGAAAGGUAAGGACAUUUUGUUUUGAGUUUUAUUCCCCAUUCCAGAAACUAUAAGGGGAAGGUUGUAACAAUGUAACGUCGACCCAGGGGAGGUUUUGUGUCCAGCGGUUUUAGUGAAAACAAGUGAGGGUUGCUCAGUCUCGUGGGCUCAAAAACCUCCCUUUGGUCAAUCUUAUUAUGUAUUUGUGACCUUUCAUACGAAAACGUGCUAUAAUGACUUUUCGUUAAACGGGUGAAACGAAUGGCCAUCGAACGGGUUACAAACGGGUCACCAAGCCGUUUUAAAUGGGUUUCAAUGAGUGUUCGAACGGGUGAUUAAGUAUUCCGAAUGGGUAGCUUAGCCGUGCGAACGGCUCGGGGAAAAUUGGGAACAGGUAGCCUAACCGUUCGAACGGGUCAUAGAACAUUCCGAACGGGUAACCAAACCGUUGGAACAGCUCAUAAAAAAUUCGAACAGGUAACCAAACCGUUCGAACGGCUCAUAAAAAAAUUCUGAACGGAUAUCUAAACCGUUCGAACGGCUCAGAAAAGAAUUUCGAACGGGCGAUCUAAACGUUCGAACGGCUCAUGAAAUCUUGGAACGAGCAGUCACAAACGGCUUACAAACUUGAUGAUUGUAAUUUGUUUUGUUUAUUUCGAAUGGUUCCGUGCCGCUACACAUCUCACUUAAAAUUAAUUUCGAACGGAUGGCUUUCAAUCGUUGAAACAGCUCCUGUUUAUUUCACCACUGAAAGCCAAAGAAAGUAAACUUGAAACGCAGAGAACAUUCGUAACUGAGUUUGCUGAAGCGGAACUCGAAAGAAAAUCAACGGCGAAUGCAAACUUGCUAAGUAUUUGCGGUGAUGUUUUUCCUAGCUUUCUUACAAAACAAAUACCCAACUUUUUGUUUCUAACAUUCCUGAUACAUUUUCAAAUUGUAUGCUAUGCUGACCUUUACUUUUGACUACGACUCAAACGCAUUCCCAUCAGUUCAGUUCGGUUGCGUGUCACUACACCGAUCUCGAUAAAUUUGCAUACAAGUUACACAAUAGUGACAGGUAACACAACACCAGCCAAUCGCAUCAAUCACUUUGACAGUCGGACGCAAAUUCAGGGCGUCAAGACAACAUGGUUGUUAUCUCAGUGCAUGCUGCCAUCUUAAAGAUUUCAUUCAGUAGAUUCUCUUCGAAAUAAGAGGAAUGCACAAGGCAGACUCAUGAGAUUUCGGUGUUCAGAAAAUCAUUUAUGUGCUUAUCACAACCAUAGUUAUACCGGUAAUGUUUAUUAAACCGCAUUGUAACACAGGGUAGAAUUUAAGAAGUUCGCUUCUAUAGGCGACUGAUUACCGCAUGUUUAGAAGCGCAAAAUAAUUAUAUUUUCUGCAAGAGCUCUUCGCCUGUAAUAAUAACUUUGCGAGAAGUUUACAAUAUCGUAGUUUUCAUUUGUAAUUUACUCCCGCAGCGGUUCAGACUGUUCAAGUGAUCGGAGGGCUUUUUUUCCGUAAGUGACAUCGUGAAGAACACGCAAGUACGCGAACAGGAAAAGACAACCGCUCGUAUGACUGUCUCAUACUCAAGUCGUUCGAACGGUUGGAUGUUUUUAUCGAACAGGUGAGCAAGUCGUUCGAACGGUUGGACGUUUUUAUCGAACGGUUGAGCAAGUCGUUCGAACGGAUGGAUGCUUUUACCAAACAGGUGAGCAAGUCAUUCGAACGGCUGGACAUUUCUAUCAAACGGGUGAUCAAGCCAUUCGAACGGAUGCAAAUUUUUUUGAACGGAUGACCCAGGUCGUUCGAACGAAUGCAAAUUUCUUUCAAACGGGGCCUAAACGGAAUUUCGUUCGAAAACAGAAAGCCGUUAUGGCACGUUUUCGCGUGAAAGGUCACAUUUGCCAAAAUGGAAUGGGUACAAGCUUUCAUCGCAAGGAUUUCUGGGAUGGUUUUGGUACACAAGCAUUACUUAUGACUGGUUAAUGGUUGCCUUGAAUAAUAUCAACCCAUCAUAACUAAUGCCAAUCCCAAAAGUCAUUGUACCGAAUGCUUGUACCCAUUCCCCUUACAGUUUCUAGAGUGCAUUAUGGAAUGCCCCCUAUUGAAACAAUAUUAUUUGUAAGUGAAAUUGGUGAAACAUUUUUUAUUGUUUUGGAGACAAUAGAAGAAUAAAAGAUACCAGAAAGAUCAAGUUAUGCCAGGGUGCAAAGAAAGUCAGUUUUACAGCCUGCCAUUCCGGCAAGCUGUAGCUAGUACGUACUAGACCACAAGUCAUUUCUAUUAGCCCUCAAACCCUUUUUGAUUAGCAGGAUUGAAUACAAUCCUUCUGUAAAUUGAAUUUCCCCUAAAAAGAGCACUUGCCCAUCGGGCAAGUUAAGAAAUUAAAUCACUAACCCGAUGGCAAAAUCCACUAGCCCCGGGCUAUGAGACAUGACUUUCUUUGCGCACUGUAUGCAGUCUUAAAGUGUUUUGCGUGAUUUUAUUCAGUUUUAGCAUUUGUCAUAACUUUUGUGCAUUGAAACUUUGGAAUAAAACAUGUGAAGCAAGGCUUAAAAAAUCUUGUUAGUCAAAAUAAACCGGGUGCCCUAAUAGGCAAGCAUCUGAGAAAUCAAAGGUGACAUUUUUGUCUCCAGCGAAAUCUGCUGAAUGAAGGGUAAUUUGCAUAUAUAAAAGUGCAAGUGAAGCGAAAUCCGCCAUGGUCGUAAAUGUAAUGUUUCUUCAAAUUUUUUCCUUCUGAAAGCGUAAGUUCACAUGAAAGAAUUGUGCUUUCAUAAAAAUUGUAUAAAAUGAAAUGAAGCAAAUUGAAAAGUUGUAAAAGUGCCUGGAUAUUUCAGUUUGACGGAAAGGAUAGGUGAUUUGCAUACUGACCAAAACAUCUUCAAGCACAAUUUGAAACCCUUCGACUUCAUGUUUGUUUUUCGUGCAUUCUAUACAUUAUACUGGCUUAAAUCGUGAAAUGUUUUAUAAAGUCAAAGUAUUUUUCAUGGAGGGAAUGCAGUUCCUAAAAAAAAGAGAGUAGAACAAAAUGAUCUGGCCAUAAAGUUAAAUUAUCUUUGUAUUGUGGAAACAGUAAACUAACACUUCACUCAGAGAGUCAGAGGACGCGACAUGUGUCAGCAUCCUUUGUGAGCCUGCAAAUGGUCAUGGGACCACAAUUUUAUGGCCAGCACUUUAAUCAGUAUAUUGUUUCACCUGUGAGUCAUUUCAUAAUGUCCUGUGUACUGAUGUCAAAAUGUGUAGAGAUCAUCAAAAAUUACUCCAAAUACGGAAAGUUUUAUACAAGUUAAAAUUUCAAUGAUCAGAAGUAUUACAACUGAUAAAAUUCAUGAAGCAUUUCUGUGGCAAUUCGGCCCUUUAGUUGUCAUAAUUAUUCAGGUAAUUUUGUUUCUGAGGCGUGCUUUUGCUCGGUCAUAGUACUGUAGUAGUAGUAGGAGUAGUACUAAACAAAGCACCAAAGUCUGGCAGUCAAUCUUUAUUAACUUUACUUUUGCGGUUGCAAACAAUUAAGAUAUUUAGGAAGCAAGGUAUAUCAACAUCAUUCAGGAUGUUAUUCUUCUUUGAUCAAGAAUUUUACUUCCCCAGGCGUCACAAGGGAAGUUUUGUUCUUAGUCCAUUAACUGACUAACAAGAAUUUAACGAAACCACACCUAAAACUAAUAGUAAAUGAAUUAAGAUAUUAGCAAACAGGACACUAGUAAAAUUAAUGUCAUCAAUGUCAAAGACUUUGUAAACGUUAAAAACAUGCUGGAAAGAAACCUCUGCAAGCAGGGUAUUCAAACACAUGUUAUACUUAUUAGUCUUGACUAAUGCUCUUUUGGUUUUGACAAUACAUGAAUUUAGCUGACGUUGGAAUGACAGAUCAACACAAGCAGAUACUCUUGAGCAAUUCUGAGAAUCUCCAACAGAUGAACCUUAACAAAGUAGCAGAGCAGCUUCAUUCAUGUGGUUUACUAGAUGACAUUGAUAAGCAAAAUCUUUUAUCUGAUACAAGACAGCCAUCACAGAGAAUAGACAUGUUGUUGAGUGAGAUUCUCCCCAGAAAGGGUCCUAAAGCUUUUGAAGAUUUUGCUCGUGAACUGGAAAAAGAUCAUCCAAAACUAGCUCAGAAAUUACUGGAGGAUGCUGGAAUGGCAGGUACUAUACACCAUUAUAUCAUAUUAAGUAUUUUUAGACAAUCAAGUAAAAUUUUCCUGUCCCAUUUUGUAUGUUGUGGUUCACUAUUUCAUUAAUGAUUCUCUUCUUUUUUAUUGUCAUUUAUUUUGGGUAUGGAUAUGUGUGAUUAAGAAUUUUGAGACAAACAAAACAAGAUAAGAUUAAAGGGAGUGCAAAAAUAGCGAUGAAUACACUGUAUUAAAGGAAGCAAAAAAUAAAAUGUACAUACUUUGAAUGGCAGCUAAAUAAAGCAUUAAUCAUGACAGAAAAGAACAUGCUAUUUCUCUCACUUGAUACUUAAUAUGAAAAGUCACACCUUGCUUAGAAAGUGUUUGAUAUUUGUUAUUAUUAAGCAAAAUGAAUAACCAGCGAAUCUCUGAUGUAUUAAUUUGGCUAGGAAAAUCUUUAAAAUGGGUGAAUACUAAUUGAUAGCUGAGGACAUUCACACUUUGCCGUGAUUUACUCUAUGUGAGAAGUGUUAGAACUUCUUUCAUAAGUGUCUCAGUGGUUUGUCAAAAUUGGUUAGUAAACAGGCUUGGAGUAUUAAAAGCUUACAUGUAGUCACCAAGCAGCUGAGCAUCGUAGUCUAUUAUUUAAAAUUAUAAGAUCCAUCUGAUAUAAAAAACUUUCAUGUAGACAAUGAACUUCAAAGUGAACAUGAUCCUUGCAGUUGAAUGAACAACCUAAGUGGCUGAAAAAGAACCUGAAAAAAUCCAGGCUUGAGUGGGUAUUGAACCCUGACUUUUGCGAUGACUAGAUGCAAUGCUCUAUCUAUUAUUAAAGCUAAUCACACUAACUGGAGAGCAGGCCAUUGUGAAUUCCUAAUAUACCUGAUGGUGGAAAUGAAAUGAAUGGACGUAUACAUGACUGUAUGAAAUGACUCAUAUUUUGAGCUAUGGAUAAAGAUUUGAAACUGAGCAUGAUCCUUGCAGUUGAAUGAACAACCUUAGUGGUUAAAAAAGAACCUAAAAAAAAUUCGGGCUUGACCGGGAAUUGAAGCCUGAGCUUUGCAGUGACUGGAUACAACACUCUAUCCAUUAAGCCAACCAUUUCCACCAUUGGGUGUAUUAUAAACUCACAAUGGCCUGCUCUAUAGUUGGCUUGUUUAUAUUAGAGCGGUUUUCACUUGACUGUUGUAAAACCAAAACCAAAGUAAAUACACUAGCCAACCAAAGGGCGUAGUAAAACCAAAAUCAAAACCAAAACCAAUCCCUUUCGACAGUCAAGUGAAAACCGCUCUAAUGAAUCAAGCGCUGUGUCUGGUCAUCAAAAAGGUCAGGUUUCACUCUCAGUCAAGCCUGAAUUUGUUCAGGUUUCUUUCAUACUGGUCUUGUCCAAUACUCCAACAAAUUAAUGCAUGGCUCUGUUAAAUUUCUCAUUGUUUUGUUUUGUUCUUUAUCAGUUGUUAUGCUUUUGUACAGUACUGUAAUGUGAAGACAAUAUAAUAUACAGGUGUACAAUGCCAUACAUAAAUUUGUUGGAUUAUUGGACAACCCUCAUUCCUUUUCAACCACUUAGGUUGUUUAUUCAACUGUGGGGAUCUUUUUUCACUUCGGUAUAAUUAUUUACCUCCUGUUCAAAAUAUGAGUCAUUUCAUACAUGUAUAUUUCCAUUCAUUAUGAACUUCCUUUGGAUUACCGACACUGAGUGUAAUGCAUGAACAACAUGUGAAAUGUUUGUUUCAUAAAGUUCGUGCUCCAUGCAAAAGCUUCCCUCCAAAGAGGAAAUGAGGGUGGCAGGCGACAUUUUGCAUAGAGCCCUAGGAUAUUUUUCUCAAUACCGUACUUCUAAUGAAUGAGUGUACUCAUACUUUUACAGGGGCAGGUUCCUCCCUGCUUUUGAGAAAGCCUACACCUCCGCCUAUACAAGACACUGGUCACUUUACAUUAGACUCCCUAGUACAAGAUAUUUUGGAAGAUAAGCCUGAAGUCCUUAAAGAGUUCUGCCACUCCAUGGAUAAAGAAAAUUUGUUUGGAAAUGGAUGGAAGGGGUUUGUCAAAAUUUGUGAAAUCAAAAUUUUCAAAUGUGCCCCCCAAAUCAAGAAAAUUUGCAUAACCUUUGUUUGUCCUUUCUCCUGUGUAUUACAGCCAUUCCAUGAGAAAUUGAAAACAAUGCUUAUGCAAAAUUGGGGGGGGCAAAUAAGGUGCAUUAUGGGAAAUCUGGAAGUGGCAUAUUAUCAUGCUGCUUUAGAUAAUUUGAGUUUAACCCAUUUGCCUGAACCUUUGUCAGGUCCUUUGUCCCUUUCUCCAUGUGGUCAAGGACAACUUUUUACAACCAUUCCAUGAGAAAUUUUCAAAAUACAAAUGCUUAUUCAGUCAAGGACACCGCAAAAAGCAAAAACCACGUGACAAGGACCUGAAAAUCUCCACGAAAAUCUUGUUCCAUUACCCACCUACCUUUCCUUUCAAAUCCUAAGAUCCUAAAAUAUCCUAAAACUCUUCCCAUGAAGCUACUUUAAUGAUAAUUUGAGUUUAAAAGGACACAAGUUGAAGACAUGCAGCCUUGUUGACAUUUUUUAACUAUUAAGUCUUGUUUACAGUCUUGAGUAUUGUAAAUUCUUGACAAACUGCAUCCUUGAAAAUAUUCCUUGACCUUGAAAAGAGUUAACUAUUUUUCCUGGUCACUUUCAUGGAUAAUACUAAAACUUAUGUGUCAAAUUCCUGUAUGUAUUUAAAACUGCAUAAAAAAGUCCCGCAUUUACUCGAUUAAACGACGCCAACUUUUUACCAGUGAACACCGCCCUUGAAUAAAGGCCACAUCCAAUCAGAAGAUUGCGGCGUUUAUUUGAGGGUUAUAAGAAAAAACCUCGGUACAAUUUAGUGAUCUGCACCAUCCAGACAACAACGAUGCAAUCUCGGCAAAGAAAGGACAACAGUGUUUCUGUGCAAAUAUCCCAUAAGCUUUGUUUAAGGACAAUACACUCAUUUCCACUCUAUAACGAUAUCAUAGGCAGUGAAAAAGUAGCUCAACUACCAACUAAAGCUACUUUGUAGUUAAGCACUCGUGUCAUUUUCCUUUCUUAGACUUUACCAAGAGCUUGACCUCCCGGCUGGCAAGGAAACCAAAAUGGAAGUAAGUGCUGGAGGGCCAACAUCAAACUGCAUAAGAGGUUGGGUCUCGAUCAAGGGACGCAGUGCUACAGUUCAGGCUCUCCUAGCUGCUGUUAAUCGAGCUGAGCGUAAAGAUUGUACAUAUAUUCUUGAGAAAAGCCUUGGCUGCCAGUUGGACUACACUGAUGCUGGUGUUAAAGAAGUUACAGGGAAAAUGGCAUCAUUAAGUAAGGCCAGCCUUUCGAUCAACUAAAAUGUGAUCCACUUCCAGAACACAGUAACCUGCGGUCAGGCUUUCUUUUUUCGGGGGAAGAGUGAACAUUGGCAGACCGGGAAAGGGGGAAAAAGAACUUUCCAUUGGCAGAUCCAGGGGAGGGCCGCCCCUCCCCUUAUUUUAAGACCAAACUGAGUCCUGAAGGGCUGAAAAAUUUUUUUUUUGAGGCCGGGCCCCCCAGUAUCUCAGGGUGUGGAUGACCGGGCCUUCCUGUUAUCUGAAGGUCUGGGUCCGCCUUUGCUUUUGCCCUCGCCUCCCAAACAAAAAGGGAAGAACGGCCGCCUGAGCGCUGGUUAAGAACAUACUGAUGAACUCGUGGCCCUCAAAACAAAUUUUAAAAAAAACACAAAUACAUAUAAAUAAUGGAAGUAAUUAAAACUAGCCACGGUGAUUUGACAAUGAAAAUAUGAAUUAUCUAAAAAUUAAUAUAAAAUAUAUGAGAAUAAAGUAGAAUAGCCUAAGCUAAUGCUAUAGUAAAGUGAUGAACAUCUUUUUAGGACUCAACUACGGGUACACUUAAUUUCAUUGGGAAGUGAAUUCCAAAACCUAGUGGCUGAUACUUCAAAAGUCCUAGCACCUUCUGAUUCUCUUUUAUACUUUGGUCAAACUAAAUUCAAAGACCCAUAACUACUUUGUCUUUCAGUAGAACGUAUGUCGAUGUUUCGUUUGAGUAAUUCUAGCAUAUAAUCGGGACACACCCCGUUCAAACGUUUAUAAACUAAUGCGCACUGAUUAAUCUUGACUUUGUGAAAAAAAAGGUAGCCAAUUAAGUUCUCCAAACAGAUCUACACUAUUUGUUCUAGUAUCAGCAUUGAGAAUAACUCGUGCGGCACGCGUCUGUAGCCUGAAGAGCUUAUUUAAAUUAUCGACAGACGUAGAAACCCACACACUAGAGUCAUACGUCAUGGUUUGUUUUAUCAUGGCAUUGUUAUAAAGAAUUCGUUGAUCUAAAGGUAAAUGACACCUGAUUUUUUUUCAAAAGAGCAAUACCCUGUGUUAGCUUCUUACAUAGAUUAUCAAUAUGCUCAUUAAAAUUAAGCUGAGUGUCACUAAUUACACCUAACAGUUCAUGAGACUGGACUUGUUCGAGUUCGACUGAGUUGACAUGGACAGUUAGUGAGGUGCUGCUCAUCUUCUUAUGUAGACGUUUGCCAGCUACUAACAUAGUUUUAGUUUUGGACUCGUUAAGUACCAUUUUAUUGUCUGUGGUCCAUUGUGCAACUUUACCAACAUCAGCUUGAAGAGCUUGAUUUAAGGCUCCAGGUGCUAAUCUUUAAGAAGCGUUAGCACUGAUAGUAGUAUCAUCCGCAUAUAUGUCUGCUGCUGAAUGUUCCAGUAUCUUUGGUAGAUCGUUCAUAAAUAUAAGAAACAAGACUGGUCCCAGGAUUCUCCCUUGAGGCACUCCAAGGUUUGCAUCACUGAGAAUUGAAUGACAUCCAUCGAUGUUUACAUGUGGUAACCACUCAUCGAUAUUUGAGAGUCACCGAUUUUCUAUACAUUGUAGAUUUGAUUUGCUAGAAAAGUCCACUUGUCACUCUGGAUUUUUUUGUACAACCGCUGCUUGUCAUUCUCCUGUACUUUUUUCACGUGGUGUCUUUAUUUGUUUAGAUCCCAGUGAAGAGAAGAAAGUGGAAUUCUUUGGUGAUCUUGAUGAAACCCAAGCUUCUGAAAUUGUCAGUCGACUGAAGACGAAAGAACCGUAUACCUUAGAGUACUUACGAGAGCAACUUACCGAAGAUCCUGGAAUCGUUGAAAUGGUUUCUUCAGUUGAACUUGUGCGACAGAGUAAAAAGUACCGCAUCCGCAAGUUUCUGGACUCGCUACCGAGCGAAGUACGCAGAGAUACUGUGAUUACAAUUUUUAGGGAUGUUUUAUCAACUUAUAAAGGAGUGACUGGUAAGUGGGUGCAAGAAGUGUAAUGUGUAUUUGAUUCUCUAUCUUCCAAGUAGUACACUCCGUUUGCCCCACCCCCACCUAAAAAAAUGCUUAAAGUAUUGUUUUUAAGUGCUGUUGGCAUAUUCCCAUGGGCAUUUGAAUACGAUAGUGUAUGCAAGAUUUUGGGAACAAAUAAAUGAGAAACAGUGAUAGGCGUUUGAAAUGGAAGGGGAAGGGAAUCCCUUCCUUUUCGAGCGCUCGCCACGCAGGCUACUAAGAGGCCUAUCGGCAACUGAAGCUCGUGAGAUUACACAACCUCACCUUUAAUAGUUAAUGCAUUUUGUGGGGGAGGGCGGGCUGCAAGGGGAUGGGGACAGAGUGUAUUAUGAGGAAUUGGAAAAUAGAGAAACAAAUACACGUCACACUUCAGAAUUUCAAAACCUGCUUCUAAGUUUUAAAUACGCGCGGGCUCUCCUCGUCCGCAGUCGUCUCUCAGUCUCCUAUUAAUAGUGAGUUUAAGCAACAGGACGGCUAGCCUGUGCACAGACGUCCCCACCCCUCUCUCUUUUUUUUUUUUUUUUUUUUUUUUUUUUCAGGGGGGGGGACGGCUGUACACAGACCACGGGACCGCAGAAAGAAGAGGACCGCUAAACGCUUGUGUGUGACAAACGUAACAGGACUAUAAAUUGCGUGUUUUGCGUGACAAACGCGAUAGGGCUAUUAAUUGUGUGUUUUGUCGUGAUCUUCUCUCAACAUUAAGGUUUUCUAGUCUUUUACAAAAAGAUCUGACUAAAGACGAGUGAAGUUCGGCGAAGAGUUGUUUCAAACAAAAUUAUUGUCACGCUUGUCACACAAGGUUCCUCUCCCGUCCUGUUGCGUGUUAAGUUCACUAAUAUUGACGAGAGAAGCGCGGUUAGGUAGAGAGCAACCGGUGAUGGCAACCCUCGCGCUCCCUUCGGUCACGCUUCUCGCGUUCCGUUCUCCGCGUGCGAUUCAAUUAGAGACGUCUGGAGACGAGUCACACGUGAAGGCAUGACUUGAGAGCGUCAAAAUACAAUCAGAACUUAGCCUGUGUAGCAAGCGUUUCCUUGCGGUUUCGGACCAAAGAACGAAGAACGAGAGUCAAAGACCGCGCGAAAAAUCCCGAAAAUCCCGUUCCUCGGUCUUUCUUUGCUCCGAAACCAAACGGAAACGCUUACUACGCAGGCUAAUCAGAACUAAACAGUCUGCAUUGUUCUGCUCAUGUUAACAGAAUCUUUAUGCAUACAGACAUGAAAGGUUCCUUCAAAGUUUUUAAUUAUUCCGUUUACAGGUCCUUUGUUGCCACCGAAGAAAUAUAUCAGAGACGUUGGUUACUCUGUCCGAAGAAAUCUCACCAAGGAAUUGUGUGGUAUGUUUUACCUCAACACGCCAUUUGAUUGACAAUUACUGACCCGGUUUUUGUAUGAAGGGAAACCGAAACCUUGAUGAUUUUUGCUACCUUGCAAAAAACCGAAUCCAAUGAUAAGUAGCUUUAGAAUCACUUAUGGCAAUCGGCAAACGUCAGAUUUAUUUUGACGAUUUCGCAAAUAGGAAGUGAGAACAUAGUACAUCAGCUUCACUGAAUUGAGUGUUAAGAAUACGGUUACGGGGCAUGAGACUGCAUUGAUAUUAUAGUGAACUAAGGGGUACAGGAAGCUUUGACAGUAAACGUUUGCUCGUGGCAAAUCGCCACGAGCAAAGAAAGAAAAUUAGACAAACUGUUCGUACCAUUUGGGAUUGAGGAGCCUAAAAAAAUCAAUCGCUGAUCACGCUCAGUUUAAAACAAAAGGUUAGGCACCUUAACCGCACGAAAACUUAGACGCCUAGCCGUUCAAAAAUUUGAAAGCCAAAAUAGAUGUUAAAUUUGUAGCCGGUGCGGUCGAAAAAUUAACCGGCGCGGUGAACACCAUAGCAAUUUUUGUACUGCAAAGGUAUGGUUACAUGGACGCAUGGUAACUCAGUUGAGAGACGUCAUUUAGAAUUUGCUAAAAAAGCGCGCUGUGCGUGGCAUAUGGUAAAACCACUGACCAAAGUGCAUCUGGUUAAUCAGUUCUAUGUGAUCAAAGCGAAAAAAUUGAACUGUUCCAUAUGGACGAAGUGUCCGGUCAAUUUUGUAAGCGGUCUAAAAUUCUUCCGGUGCCGUGUUAACGAAGCCUCAACCCCACCCCUGCCCCCCCUCCUCCCCCCCCCCAAAAAGACUGCAAAUAAUUUUUUAUUAAUUAGUACUAAGCCUAUUUUGUUUGAGACGUUCCAGUUGCCAUCGCCGUCGUUUCCUAGGGUCUGUAAUUUUACUUCAUGUAAGACUUACUGUGCGCAUAUCUCUGGUGAAUUUCCCAUGCCUGCGAUCUGAUCUUCGACAAAAUUUGGAUUCCCCUCCCCUCGCCUUCCUUUUGUGUUAAGCGUUUGUUUAGUUUUUUGCUAAAGCACGCCAGCAUUUAAAGCUAAAUCCCUACCUUCUUAUUUUCUUUCUUUCAGGAGAUGAUAGCUGGAAGGUCUUAGCUCAUACACUAGCAAUGGACAACUCAUCAAUCAGAUUUCUUCAAGAGCGAAAGGACAAUCCGGCGGACGAAGUGCUAAGAUUUUGGGAGGUUAAAUCCGGUAGCACCGUGGGUGCCCUAUAUAAUAUUCUAGUUGAACUCGGGUACCCAUAUAUAGCGGAUAUUUUAUGAAUGUUAAGAUCCCGUCAUCGAACGCAUCCCCCACCUUAUUACAUACCUAUUUGUGAUGUUCGUGAAAAUUUCUGGUAAUAAGAAAGGAGCAGUAUAGGGCGUUUUUACAUGACGUAACGGUGAAUUUAUAGAUGGUUUUUACUCACGUGGUCAGCAGCUAUACAAAUGGUUUGGAACAAAAAGAAGUUUUUAUAUGAGAAUAAAGUUUUAUCCCCUCACGAUUUUUCUUUACACAAACAUGGCAGCCGCCAUUUUACUUUGUUGUACACCAAUAUGGCCGCCGUGACGUCAUGUCAGAACGAUGGCCACGUGAGUGAAAACAUUCUAUUAGUUGUCUUUUUAGUCAUCGGUCCUCAAAUAAACGGCGUUUUCUGGCAAGCAGAUUGCAGCUUUUCGGAAACGGUCCCCAGAGCGGAGUAUUUUUUAAUCGCCAGCUUUUCGCUUUCGUGUGGACGGACGAAAAGGUUUUUUCCAAUACGAUAAAUGCCAUACAUUAUCCAGCACAUGCUCUUUGUAAGGGAUGCUAUCAUAUUUUCAUCGUUUUAGCUUUUUCGUGUGGACGGGCUAAAAACGAAUCGAAUACGCUACGUGUAGACAUGUAUUUUUUCCAAAACGGAGUAAAAAGAAUCUCCGUUUUCAAAAAUAUCCGGAUACUUGUGAACGAGGCUUUAAUGUUACUUCUACGUUUAGAGACGCAAUCCUAUGGUGUUACCAUUCUGAGUAUUUUUUCAGUGAAGUCCGAUGAUGUGACAAUUCCAUAUGAAAGCUCUUUAGCAGUAAUUUGUGCUAUUUGUUUAAAGUAGUUUUUCUAAAAGUUUACUUUGAUUGUAGGCGCUUUGGAAUGAAAGGGUAAAAUUGGUCCGAAAAGAGAAAGUUAGUGACUUCUAGCAGUCACAAAACCACAAAACCACAAAACCUUUCUUCCUGAUUGAUGUUAGCCGUGUUGAUUUAAACACGUCUUAGAUAAGCUGAACACAGUUUUUUUCAGUACAUGUGUUACAACAAAAUAUGAGUAUUUGCUUUGUAUUAGAUAGAACAAAUUUAAUUCUAGUGAAGCGUUGAUCUUGCUGCAAAGAUGGCUUCUAAAAUGAUUGUAAUCGUGACGAAACUGUAUUUAGGGACUAUAACAAAUUCGCAAAGCGAAGAAGGAUAAUUCAUAAGAUGUGCAGAUGCUUCUGUGUGUCCCUCUUGUUACUAG